AAACUUACUAAUCAAUUCCCAUUUGAUUUGUUGCUUAAAAAUAUAAUUUAUUAAGCUACUAAAUCUCAAAAGUUUUGUCAAAAAAAAAAAAAUCUCAAAAUCAUAACACAGACGCCAUGGAAGAGAUCCGGAAAAGAAUUGUGAUGAUUCCUGCACCAUUCGAAGGCCACUUCCCUCCAUUGAUGAACUUAGCUUCAAACCUUUCUUCAAAAGGCUUUUCGAUCACAGUGAUCAGAACCCAAUUCAAUUUCCACGACAUCUCCGAUCGCUUUCCUGAUUUCGAGUUCUUGAUCAUCCCCGACGGCUUGUCCGAAUCCGACAAGUCUUCUCUCGGACUCGUUGACUUGAUCUUGAAGCUUAACUCUGCAUGUGGACCCCUCUUGAAGGAUCUUCUGACAGUCCGAGAUGAUGUCUCCUGCAUAGUUUACGAUGAAUUCUUGUAUUUUCCCCGAUCUGUCGCAGAGGAUUUGAAUCUUCCCAAGAUGGUGUUUAGUGCUUCUUGUGCAGCCACUUCGAUUUCAAGAUGUGUUCUUAUGGGACUGGUGGAAAAUGGUUUACUCCCUCCUCAAGAAUCAAAAUUUCGUCAGGAAGAGAUCGUACCGGGUUUCCAUCCCUUUAGAUUCAGAGAUCUUCCUACGACAGAAUAUGGUUCCAUGGACAAGUUGAUGACACUAUACGACAAUGUGAGCAAUAGAAACACUUGUUCCGGAAUAAUACACAACACAUCCUACUGCCUAGAGAGCUCAUGCAUCUUGCUUGCACUCGAAAAAUGGAAAGUUCCCGUCUACCAUGUCGGUCCUCUUCACAAAACUGCCUUCGCGACGCUGAUCCCGAGCUCAUUUCCCGAAGAAAGAAGCUGCAUCGAGUGGCUCAACAAGCAAAAACCGAACUCGGUGAUCUACAUAAGCAUGGGAAGCUUGGCCAUCGUGGAAGAGGAGGAAGUGAUGGAAAUGGCUAUGGGGUUGAUGCAAAGCAAGCAACCCUUCUUGUGGGUGAUCAGACCCAGUUCGAUACCCGGAUUCAAAUCCAUAGAUUCGUUUCCCGAUGCUUUCAAAGAAACAAUUGAGGUUGAACGAAGAGGUUUCGUGGUGAAAUGGGCCCCACAAAAGGAGGUAAUUGAGCAUGGAUCCGUGGGAGGGAUCUGGAGCCACUGCGGAUGGAACUCGACAUUGGAGAGUGUUUGUAGCGGCGUCCCUGUGAUCUGCAGGCCGUAUUCGGGAGAUCAGAGAGUGAAUACCCGUCUCAUGACUCAGAUUUGGCGGAUCGGAUUUGAAGUGGGAGGCAAGUUAGAGAGAGGAUUGGUGGAGAGGGCAGUGAAGAAGCUCAUGUUGGAACAAGAAGGUGAAGAGAUGAGGAAGAGAGCCAUAACCUUGAAGGAGAAAAUACAUGCCUCUGUCAGAUUCGGCGGGUCUUCUCACGAAUCAUUGAAUGACUUAGCCUGCUCUAUCAUGUCGCUACCAUCGCCUUCAAGCUGAAAAACCAACUGAAACUCACUUGUAAUCAAUCAAAUCAACCAAGUCCCUGUCGUAAAAAAUCAUAUUGAAAUUCUAGCUAAAUACCGUAAUU